AUGGCCACACUUUCAUCAUCACCAAGAGAAGAGUCUAAAAGGCCUUCUUCCAAUGUCAAAGAGGAGAGCGGAACAAGUGAAUGUUUGAUCUCAAAUAAUUUUGAAGAAGAAACUGAACCAUGUUCAAAAUUAUUAAUUGGUAUUAAGAGGAAUAACAACAUUGCGGAACAUGGAAGUACAAGCAAAUUAUCAACCAUGAUUAAAGGAGAAGGAACAGAUGUAGAACAUCCCGAAGAUGACUAUGUAGUCAUUGAGAAGCGGCCUGUACAAGAAAUAGGUGGAAGCGCUUCUUCCUCUUCUUCUUGUCCUUUGGAUACUGAAACAUGUAUUUCCCUUUCAUCUUCUUUCUCAUCUCCUCCUUCAAGUUUCCAAAGAAUUCCAGCUUCGCUUUCAACUCCGAGCAGUGUACCCAAUAGCUCAGUCCCAUCCUCUGACAGGUCGUCAGUAAGGGACGAUUUAAUUGUAUCUUCUCUUAGCUCUGCAUUUUCUCCAACAGGCGUGAGUGGCAUUAACUCUGAUUUUGUUGUGAGCUCUUCUUCACACAACAUUCGAAACGAAGCAAAAAUAUCACAUGACACUGACGAGCCUCCAAUAACUGAAGAACCCAUUGUUAUCAAGAACGCCUCAUCGGAAGCUCCUGUAUUUUUAAAUCAAGACAACUUUGAAGCUCUUGAAGAAAACAUUAGAAAGUUAAAAGAAAAUGUAAAAGAGUAUGAGGAUUUUACAAUAUCGACAACAACCACAAGCUCUGACACUGUUAUCAAAGCAAAUUAUUUUAUACCGAAUACUAAAAAGAAGGAAGAGAACAUCACCAAAACAGAUGAGGACCUGAUGAAAACCAUUUUACCAAAUGCAGGUGCUGUUCCUUCCUGGGUUGCAGAGCUAAGAAGCGCUUGGGACGACGAAAUUACCACAAUGGAUGAAUCGAAAAGGGAAUACUUUUUAAAAUUCUCAGUCAAUGAUACAGACGAUGACGUUGAAGAGAGCGAUGAGUUUGGUGUAAGCUCAAAAAGGAACACCAAGAUUAGAAAGCACAUGCAGCAGUUUAUCCAAGAAAAAGAAGAAGAUUCAAGCUCAAAAAAGUACUUCUUGGGAAAUGAGUCUAAUUCUCCUGUGAAUAAGGAAAGCAAACAAAAAUCUUCACCACCAGUUUCUAUCAAAAGCAAAGCAGCUAUUAGCAAACCAUCUGAGGGUUUUGCUAUUUCUGAAAGCUUUGUUUCUAACUCACGAUUAAUAGAUACACUUGCCACAAAUGAAUUUGAUGUAAGCUUGAGCUCUUUUAGAGAGGAGCCAAACGAAGUUCAUUCGACAACAUCAUUCAUAUUUAGAAAAGACAGUAUGCAUAGCCCUCUAACGGACAUGUCUACAAAGCCCUUAUUUUCAGAGGAAAGAAUAAGACCAAAGUCUCCAACAACUCCAACUGAACCCAUGUCGCCCACAAAGCAACGAAGGCAAACAUUUCUUACUAACAACUCUGAAAUGAAGCACUUCCAACCAAAGCGAGACAAUCUGUUAAAGAAAUUAUUCACAUCAAAUCCUAAGAAACGCACUGAGGAUGAUUGGAAGGAUGAAUUGGUAAAGUACGAACAAAGACUUAGCAACUAUCUAAAAGAGAGUAAGCAAGUGAUCAAAGAUUUGAGAAAACGCCAGGAAGUGGAGUAUGACAAAAUUCAGCAAGAAUAUUCAUUUAUUCAAAGAUGUCAUGAUUCAAAGUUACUUCAAAUAUACAAGGACUUGGCUAGAUGUAAGCUAAUACGUCUAAAACAUAGAAGAGAGCUUGAAAAAGGAUGUAAAAAGGUCCUGAAGGAGAAGAUUGAUAUCAUCCGAGACAUUUUGUUGCAACAGUCUCAGCAUCUAAAACAACACCAAGUCGAACAAGGAGAUAUUACGAUCAAGUGCUAUAACUUGCUGCCUCAUUUCGUAAAACAAGAAGCUUUUUACAAAGAAGUUGACGAGAUUUUAAGCGAAAAUGAAGUACUUUGUGCACAAUGGAACGAGAUCUCUCUGUUAGAACAGCUUUCUAAAGAAUUAUCAGACAAGUUCAUACAAAUGAAGAAGGAAAGUGGAAUUUCUAAGAAAGUCAUUCAAAAGAAAGAUGUGACAAUCAACCUUAAAUCAAUUUUGAAACGAUACAUUGAAGAGCCAGCUCUCCCAUUAUGCAACUUUCAUUUAUUAUCGGAGUCUAACAACUCCAAAGAUCCGAAUUUGGACGAUCAGACUUGGCAAUCUUGUAUUCAUUGUAUAGAAAACGAUCAAAGAUUGGAGAUUGAACAAGAAUUCUUUGAUUUGAUUGCAGACCAAAGAACAGAAGAAGGUCAAUCCCUGCGAACGUUUGUUAAGGAACUUAACAAUGUUGGCCUAGAAAAGAUAUCUUCAUCUGAAAUUGUUGAUUAUAUUUCCAGUUUUGUAGAUUACUUGAGUACCAGGCAUUCCAUUACGUUAGACGUUGAAAAGCAAGUGCUUCUGAGAUUAUUAUCUAGACUCAUCUACAAUGAAUUUGGCUUGGGUGUAAAGCUUCAAAAAAUAGAAGUUGAAGCUCACUCUGCAGAAAAUGUCAAGUUUCAAAAACAGGCCAACCUAUUGAAGCAGCUGACUCCAAAUCAGCUAGGAGUCGCUAACAAAUUUUUGCCAUUAAGGGUAAAGUUUACAGGAAAACAGAAUUCCAUCAAGGAGAUGAUUCACAAAAUCAGUCAAACUCCAUUUUACGACCCAGUCACCACUCUCAGCUAUCUGAAUUAUUAUGUGUCUCCAAUGGAUAUGUUACACUGUGUCUAUUCUUGCGCAAGACAAAUACACAUUAUCGCUAAAGAUAAUUGUACUCAAAGAGGAAAAGAUUUCUCAUUUGGAGCGGAUGAGUUUUUCCCAAUUUUGGUUUAUGUAGUAGUCCAUUCUCACCUUCCUAACAUUCAUUCUGCUUUGUCUUUUUUAUCAAAGUUUGCAUCUCAAUCUAGAAACAGUGAAGUUGUUUAUUAUUUGACAUGUCUGGAGGGAGCUGUCAUGUAUGUUCAAGAAAUCACUACGGAGGACAUUCAAGAAUUAACAAAGGUGGAUGAAGACAUGAAAAUGCAUGACAAUGGUUUGGAUCCAUCUUCUCCGAGAAAAAAGAACAAUGAAUCACAACCAAUUGCUGAUUCGAUGGAUAGUGAGGAUAUUUCGUAA